GGCGGGGAGAGACUGAGGUUGGAUGUUCAAUUCAUUUCACAUCCUGUGCAGAGUACAGUUCAGGUUCAGACGAUACAAUAAUCAAUCGAGGGAGCACCGAACCGAGAGCCUGAGAGCAGAGGGCAAGCGAACCACUGUGAAACAACCGAGUCUUACUAUGACGGGACAGAGUGGAAUAAUGAGCUUGAAUAGCAUCACUGUUACUUUUCUUGCUCUAGUUUUAUGGGCAAGCGGCACAUCGGCAAAAUUGACUUCAGUUGGUCCACCCAUUGAUCUGCAGAUUAGAGAUCUUGGCCUUCUCGGGCAGCUUCAUAUCCAAUGGAAAGCUCCAUUAAACCUGGCCGGUCAAUCACUGUGUGUGAUCAGAUACAUGUUGAGUUAUGGUAACUCAGACUCAACAAAUUGUAAAAAUGUAAUCACAAAUCGAAUGGAAUACACUGAUGGAUUUAACCUUAAUAAAGAAAUAAAUGUAAAAAUUCGGACUUUAGUAAAAGGUCAAUGUACCAAUGGGACUGAACUACAGAGUAACUGGACCGAACUGGUAUACAGGGCAUACAUGGAAGGACACUCAGAUUCCAAAAUUAAGGAUUUACAUUGUAUAGUUUACAACGAGGAAUAUAUGGACUGUGUGUGGGAAAUGCAAAGUAGUGCCCCACACGAUGUUGGUUACACCUUGUUUUAUUGGCAUCAAGAAUUAGAGCAGGCAGAACAGUGCAAGAAUUAUAUUGAAAAUCAGGAGAGUAAGAUUGGCUGCCAUUUUUACAGUGAUGAUCUGAUUCAGUUCAAUGACUUCAACAUAUGUGUAAAUGGCUCCUCUGAGAACAAGCCAGUCAGUCCGGCAUACUUCACAUUUCAACUUCAGGAUCUAGUUAAGCCAGCGGUUCCUGACAAGAUCAAUUUAACAUUGCCAAAAACAGAUGAAAUUUACCUGGAAUGGGAGCCUCCCUCAGGGAAAAUACCACCUCAUUGCUUUGAAUACCAGUUGGAUUUCAGACAACGAGACUUUGAGUGGAAAUCUGAACUAAUUAUCGAAGAAACUACUUUCAUACUUUCGGAUGUGAACCCCCAAAUUGAAUACUGUUUCCGUUUGAGAGCCACUGUUAAUAUGUUUUGUGCUGAUCGCGGCUUCUGGAGUGAAUGGAGCCCUGUCCAAUGUUCGGGAGCAAAACCAGUGGGGGAAUCCACUCCAAUAGCUCUGCUACUCCUUAUGGCUUUGAUACCUGUGACAUUAGUGCUAUGCAUUCUUGCUCUCUAUUUCUGGAUCAAGCAGCAAAGAUUCACUGCAAAGAAGCUUCAAUGGAUCGAUGGGUUAUGAAAGCAAGAUACAGAGUAAACUAUCAGCAUUGGUCUCAGACAUAGAUAUUUCUUUCACUUAACAUUUCUAUAAGUUAUGUUAAUCACGUAGCUUUAUUUUCAAAUGUAAUCAAUGUUUAUAUUCAUAUGCACAGAGUAUUUGUUGGUCAGCUUUUUUUCAAUAAAAUAACAAGUGGUCAGUGGUUCAGAUAUGUUAUAGUUAACAUGCAACUUUAUUUACUGCAAUUAAUUACUGCACAUUUAGGGCAAAAUUAUUCCAAUUAAAUAAUUAAAUCAUUAAUUAUAUUUAAAUUCUAAUUAAAUCAUUAAUUAUAAUUGAGUAACAGUCCACCUGGUGGAGGAAAAAGCACACCGAUUGUGAAUUAUAAUUUAUUUUUAAGAACACAACUGUAUGAAAUAAUAAUUUAAAAGUGACCAUUUUUUAAAUGUCUUGGUUACAGUAUUUCUCAGUUAAAAUGUGAGUUGAAAGCACUAGCAUUACUGUUACUGUUACUAUGACAAUGUUACUUUUUACAUAUAGCUUUGUUAAAUCUACAAUAUAAGUCUCAUAGGAACUAUCAUAUUUUUGGAAUAGAGGGAAAGGUAAAUGGAGAGAAAAUAAUAAUGUUGCUAAUUCUUAUUAAAUCAACAGGGAAUUGUACAUAGAUUUACAUGGAUUGUACAGCAUGAAAACAAGCCAUUCAUCCCAACUAGUCUGGGUCUCCUUACUCCCUCUCGUGCCCUUCUAUUCCCAUCUCUCCCAUGAGUUCAUAUAGCUUCCUCUUAAAAGCUGUCAAAUUAAUUACUUCUUUAACAUUGAUGUGAACAUUUGAGCAUCACAAAACAAUCACCCACAAAAUAUACAGUCAAUUCACACUAC